UAUCACGCUAUUACUCAGAUGAGUUUAUUUAACCUAGACUGUUUUAGAAGGACCUGCACACCUUUCUUACUACAUAUCCAUUUAUACCAGGUCAAUAAAUCAAGAAUCAAUAUUUCCGAAGUGGAAAUUCCUUUCAACUCCGCAAGAGACCCAACCAGCAUGUCUCCCAACUAUACACACUUAAAUGAUAAGCAUAAGGAGAUUCGGCUCUUCCACAUCAUGCCUGAUGAAGAGAGACAAAAUACACUUAAGGGAGAGCUCAGGGUUGUAUCUCUGGAUGAUAAACCUGAGUUCAUCGCGCUCUCAUGUGUUUGGGGAGAUCAGAUCCAUCGCAGAAAGAACCCAUUAUGAUUGAUAAUAAUGAGGUUUAAACCUGAAGGCCGCGCUUUGUGCUCUACGCUCUCAACGUGCCCCCAUUGCCUGGGCUAACUACAUUUGCAUCAAUCAAACUGAUGAUGAAAAGGGGAAAAGGGGGCAGAUUAUGUUGAUGUACCAAAUUUACUCCAGUGCAAUAACCGUAUUUGCUUGGAUUGGAGAGGCGACAACGCAUGUUAGGGAUGCAGUUCGACAUGCUAAAGAUUUUGCGAAAAAAGGUCGGGGCUCAAACCGAUACUUCUAUGGACCUAGUGAUGCGAAGAAGAUCUUGUGACCCGAUGAACAUGACCGCCAAUUGAGUCUAGGGAGUGCUUACAUUGGCACUUUGGAUAUCUUGAAUCGACCAUACUGGUUCAGACUAUGGACAUUUCAAGAGUGGCUGGCCAAUGGAAAAACAUACAUUCUGUGGGGUAAUUGGUCCUUCCGUGGCCUUGACCUCUUCACAAUGACUGGAAUUGUCAGUGAAUGGCAAGAAUUUGUUAGUCUCAUCAGCGAAUUUCCAACAGGUUAACAGGAACGUGAUGGUGGAGAGUCUGUUCAUG